ACUGAAACGUCAAAUGAAACAAACAACCUCAGAUACCUACGAAUUUAUUAUCUAAUUGUGUUUGUGAAGUAAACAAUAUACAAUUUGAAAAGUUAGCGGUAAGCUAAGACAUUAUAACGCUAGGAAUAAAACUAUUAUACUUUGUACACAAGAACGGAAAUGGCUUCUGAAGUAAUUUACAAAAAUAUUGACAACGCUUGUGAAACAGCCGAAGAAUUCACAAGGGUAUUCUACAAACAAUUGGACAAUAGCAGACACCUUACUUCCAAGUUGUAUCUUGACACUGGUUUAUUGGUUUGGAAUGGAAAUGGUAUUAAUGGGAAUGAAAAAAUCCAGAAGUUUUUAAUGGAUUUACCUGCCAGUAAUCAUGUGUUGAAAACUCUGGAUGCUCAACAUAUAAAAGAUAAUCUGGUAUCAAAUAAACUUACGUACCUCAUACAAGCCUGUGGUGACGUUACAUACAACAAUGAUCAGGUGAAAACACCAUUUCAACAGACAUUCCUCGUUGUUGCGAUUGAAGGUAAAUGGAAAAUUGCUUCAGAUUGUUUUAGGUUACAAGUGCCAUAUAGUAAUUGAAUACUUUUAGAAUAAAAUAAAGCACAGAAUACACUAAUGAUAAAAUAAAAACAUGUUUUGAAUGAA